AUGUCAAAUAUAUAUAUAAUAAGUGUAGUAUGUAUAUAUACAUAUAAGUCCACUGGAGUAAGCAUGUUUAAAGUUCAAGGAGGAGAUUUGUUAUGCUAAACAGUUGUAACAGCAAAAAAAGAAAACAGAUCAGAUAUUUUUUUGCUAUUCGAUUUGUCAGAAAUGGCCAAUGAUUUUUGUUCUGUAGAAAAUGCAUAAAGGAUCGUGCGUUGGUGUUGGAAGGUUAACUAUUAUUAUCAAGGAGAUUUCAUUAGAUUAUUCAGUGGAUCAAAAUGGUAUUGGACAUUAUAAAUUCCUCCGUGUUGAAAAUCAUCGAACCAUAUAGAAACUGGAUCAUAGAAAAUCCGCAACUAUUGUGCGAAAUUGAGAACAUGGUCCAUUGUUUACCUUACUUCACAGCUGGUCAUUUCAACAACUCUACUUUUGUGUCGGAGCUGUUGUACUCAACUUCGAACUUGAUAGUGCUCUUCAACGAUUUGCUGAUGUGCAGCGGGAAAUGUGUCAAUUUGAAGUUUCGCCAGUUCGAGACGAAAAUCAAGAUUUGGUUAACCGUGGUAGAGUACACGGAAGCUCUCGUCGAGAUCUCCGCAAAGAAAUUAUGGGGACAAACCGGGAAAUGGUUCAUGAUUAUUGUUGUACAAUUGUUUAAAACCGUAUUGAGACUCAUGUUGAUUCAUAUUUACAAGGAACGUGUAACCAAAAGUCCUCCAAUACAGCCGCUUAACAGAGAGAAGUUAAACGAUUCACAUAGUGACAAAUUAGGGGAAGGAUUUAAACUAAAACGUUCCGGCACUAUUGUUAGAAGUAUAAGAAGCAUCAAUCAUUCAUAUGUGCGCACUUGGAAACCACUUUCUUCCGAUGUUCAGAAUAAUGAUAAUUUAAAUAGGUCUCCAGUAUUAGAAAAGAACUUGAUAUUAGCUGAAACUCUUUACGUUCUAAAACCAUUAUUCCACUUAGGAUGUAUAUCUGUUACUGGAAAAAAACGUUGGCCACCAUGGUUGUUAUCGCUUGCUAUCGAUUUAUUCAGUUUAAAGAUAGUUAAUAACCAAACGAAAAAUAUGUCGUUUAGUAAGGAGGAGGAGAAGGAGUUCUUCCGGCGAAAAGUUGCUUUGCUCCUUUACAUGCUAAAAUCACCGUUUUAUGAUAAAUACAGCCGCAUUAGAAUAUACGCGAUCUUAACGGCACUUUCCAAUACAGUACCUUUAGCUAGAUUUUUGACAGAGCCAAUAAAAAAAUACUUGCCACAUUGGCAAAGUACAUAUUUUUAUCUCUGGUCAAGUUAGUUUAUAAAGUUUAUAAACUUAUUAAAUGUUUUAAGUGGUUUUUGGUACAUCUUUCUGUGGAACAAGGGUUAUGGAGAAAAAAUAAGAACAAUUACAAAUUCAAAAAGGAAAAUAAGUUUGAAAUGGUUGACUUUUAUCAUAAAUGAGAUGAAAGCGUCAGCAAAUGUCGAAAAAUUUUUAUUUACUUUAGGUGAUGGUAAAGUAGUUCUUUACAAUUUAUUGAAGCAUUUAACAAUUCAUAAUUUAUUAACACUUUCGCGGCAGGAUGUUUCGAGUAAAAAUUUCGGGCACGUUUAGAAUCCUUGAGACGGCAGUGGUCGUCGUGUGAAACAUUAUUAAAAUUAUCAUUAUGAAAAUCUUAUGGUAUAAUAAUCAUACGUAUUAUUUUAACAGAUAUUUUUACUUAGUUAUAUUGAUGUUCAAGCAAACGUGACGCCCGCCAUGAAAGUUUUAAUAUAUUUUACAUUCAAUAGAAAAGUUACAAAUACUAUUACAAUCAUAUAGGAAAAUGGAGAUUCGCCAUUCUAUUUUUGUGAAUACUGUGUUUCAAUCAAAAUUGUAUACUUGAUUGUAUACUUUUACAUAAUAUUUGUUGUUAUAUUCUGUGUAAGCAUGUGUGAGUAUAUUUUUGUAAUUUAUAUUUUCAAACAUAAAAAUAUAUAAAUGUA